UUAGUAGCGAUGAUUGCCUACAUUGCACUUCCCUGUGCAAGAUGCAGAUGCGAGGGCCUCGGAAUAGAUUUCUGCCUCGACAAGCAAAGCUAUUUUCACGAAGACACAGACUUAGACGAGCAAGCUGGCAGUGUUUCUGAGGAAAAACAAAUGCCGAUCAAAUCGAAACCCAAAGAGCCUGAAGUCACAACGACUGGGAGGGAACCAAGAGGAGUGAUGGAAAACAACAGCUCCAUGUCAGCAACUGCAGCUCGCAAGCCACAAUCGACUGAUAAAUAUGACGAUGAAGCGAUGCUAGCAAAAUUUGCUGAAGAAGAAGAUGUGGAUAGAGAGGACCAUGUGACACAGCUUCAGUAUUUGUCUGAUCUGGCUGUGAAUACUGAUAAUGAAAUUACUAGUUUGCAU